UCGCCAACCGCCUCUCUCCUUAUCUCUUUCUCUUUCUCUCUCUCAAUCAGAGAGCUAAAGGAACCAGACCCAUAAGCGCAAACAACGCCUUCAACUCUCUCUCCCUCUACCUUCUCUUAUCUCUUCAUAUAUCUUCCUCUCUUUAAAUCAAAACCUAUAAAAGAAACCUGUUUUCGAAUUCUUCCUUCUAACUUUCCCUCUAACUUGUCUCCUGCUUGUUAAUUUUGCGAUAAUUUUCGACCCCGAUCGGACAAUUUCAAACCCUAGAUUGUAUCUUUGGUCAAAGACUGAACUUUUUGUGUAUCGAUAGUACUUUUGAUUCAUCUGUUUGGUUUAACAAAAACCCAAAUCGUUGAUAUUUUAAGGAUAAUAGCCCCGUUGAAUUAGGGUGAGAUCAAGGUUUCUAGCUGUGAUAAUAUUGAAAGAAUUAUUGAGGUGGUGAGGAACAAAAGAGGAGAAAAUGGCAGAUCAAGGAGGCUUGGAAGGCAGCCAGCCUGUGGAUCUUUCCAAGCACCCUUCUGGAAUUGUUCCCACCCUUCAGAAUAUUGUAUCAACAGUGAACUUGGAUUGUAAACUGGAUCUUAAGCAAAUUGCACUGCAAGCACGUAAUGCAGAAUACAACCCUAAGCGUUUCGCUGCCGUCAUUAUGAGAAUUAGGGAACCAAAGACUACUGCAUUGAUUUUUGCAUCUGGGAAGAUGGUGUGUACAGGUGCAAAAAGUGAACAGCAGUCAAAGUUAGCAGCAAGAAAGUAUGCUCGAAUCAUCCAAAAGCUUGGGUUUCCUGCCAAAUUUAAGGAUUUCAAGAUUCAGAACAUUGUUGGUUCAUGUGAUGUGAAGUUCCCUAUCAGACUUGAAGGUCUGGCAUACUCUCAUGGUGCCUUUUCAAGUUAUGAACCUGAACUCUUUCCGGGCCUAAUUUAUCGCAUGAAACAGCCAAAGAUUGUGCUUCUUAUUUUUGUUUCAGGGAAAAUUGUGAUCACAGGAGCCAAGGUAAGGGAUGAGACGUACACAGCCUUUGAGAAUAUAUACCCUGUCCUUACUGAGUUUAGGAAGGUCCAACAAUGAAAUACAUUUGCAUUGGGAUGUUGAUUGCAGCUGUGGAUGGCUAUGGAUGAUGUGGUUUUCAAGUGUGCAUAUCUGCAAGGGAUGCAUCUGGAAGAUGGUUUGGCGGCUAUAGCUUUAUAAGCUGUGGGUCUGCUCCUGUGGUCUUCUAUCGUGUGGAUAAGUUGUUUUUUUUUUUUUUUUUUGGGUUGGGGGGGGGGGGGGGGGGCGGUGGGGGGUGGGGGGUUGUUUACAUGACAGGGUUAAUGAACUCUGUAAUUUGUAAGUAGUGAUUCUGUCAGGAGUGGUUAGGAGGAGAGAUGAUAAAGAACACAUUUUUGUUUUAAUCCCAUGUCGACUAUUCUUGGACAAA